AUUCACUCGCUGUCGUGUGGGAGGCGAAUUUGUCAUCGGGAACGAUGGAGCUACGGGAUCUCUGUAAUGCAGGUAGUGAAAGAACAGAUAAUGAGAGCGCUCACUACCAAGCCUAGCUCUCUGGAUCAGUUCAAGAGCAAACUUCAGAAUCUCAGUUACACAGAAAUACUGAAAAUACGCCAGUCUGAAAGAAUGAACCAGGAAGAUUUCCAGUCUCGUCCAAUUCUGGAACUGAAAGAGAAGAUUCAGCCUGAGAUCUUAGAACUGAUCAAGCAGCAACGUCUCAAUCGACUUGUGGAGGGCACCUGCUUUAGGAAACUCAACAGUCGGCGUCGGCAAGACAAAUUUUGGUAUUGUCGACUUUCACCUAAUCACAAGGUCUUGCACUAUGGAGACUUGGAAGAAAGUCCCCAGGGAGAAGUCCCCCAUGAUUCCUUGCAAGAUAAAUUGCCAGUGGCAGAUAUAAAAGCUGUUGUGACUGGGAAAGACUGCCCUCACAUGAAGGAGAAAGGAGCUCUUAAACAAAACAAGGAGGUGCUAGAGCUUGCUUUCUCUAUAUUGUAUGACUCGAGUGGCCAGCUGAAUUUCAUUGCUCCAGACAAGCAUGAGUAUUGUGUAUGGACCGAUGGGCUGAACGCCCUCCUUGGGAAGGAUAUGUUGAGUGAUCUAACGCGGAACGACUUAGACACGCUGCUCAGCAUGGAGAUAAAGCUACGCCUCCUUGACUUGGAAAACAUACAGAUCCCAGAUGCUCCCCCACCUAUCCCAAAGGAGCCCAGCAACUACGACUUUGUUUAUGACUGUAACUGAGGCUGCCACUGAAACUUGCUUCGAAACUGGAUAUACUAUAACUGGAGAGAUAUUAAAAAAAAGAGUGUGAGGAAAAAAGAAACCCACUUGUGCACCUUGGAUUUUGGCUUUGGGGAGGGGUGUAGAAACACUUGCAUUCCUCCCUGGUCCCUGCAUUCCUUCCUUCCCCAUUCCCAUCUUCCCCAUUGCUCAUCCAAAUCCACAUUGCUUUAAUUAACUUGUAAUUGCAGGCCAUUGGCCUUGCUUAAGGCAAAGACUGCCACUAAGAAGCACCCUCCCGAGGACUUUUUUUACAUUUUUAAUACUGGAAUAGACAUUCUUAACUAAAGGACGAUGUUAUCAAACUGCAUGCCUGUGAAACCCACUUGGCAGGGCAGAGGCUUUAACUGGAAGGAGGAGGGAGGUAGGGAGCAGAAGCAGCUACUGUAAGCAGAAGAUUUCCCCAGACACUCCCAAGAGUCUGCUCACAACUGAAUCCAAUGCGAUGAUGAAAAUCGUUAACUGCUUCCCAGUGCUUGCACCAUUCGUCACUGUCAUUAUUCUUUCCACUGCAUCUCGACUCUUGCCACCAGCCUUCACCCAACUGAUCGGCUACCAGAAUGGAAAGUCUGCAGGUUUUUGCUGUACCAUACGCUGCAAUGCUGCAACACCUUUUAACUUCUUUUCCUCCCAGCUCUUAAAUAGCCCCACACUAGCAGAUCACUCGCACAAACUGUGUAUGAAGCCACUAGUGUGUCCCAUCCCUAUAGCGUUCCCUAAGCCUCAGUUGCCUCUAAAAUUGGCUUGUUGCUAUUCGAAGUGAUUUUUAUUUUCUUGGUCCAAAGUUCAACAGUAAUUUCCACAAAUUAAUUACAACUGCCAAACAUCCAGGUUUACAUUGUUGUCAUUGCUACAGUGUUACGAAUUUGCAAGGGAUUUUUUUUGUACGGGUUCUAAUUUUUUUAUUUUAUUUUGCCAAACAAAUAUAUUUAAUGAAAACUAAUUUCAUUGUGAGUACUUUUGGGGGACAGUAUUUUUACUUAAUUUCCAUUUGGAACAUUUGCCCUGAAGGGAAAAAGUAAUAUUUCCCUUCAACUUCACUGUUGAAUAAAAAUCUGAGUUGUGAUGAUU